AUGCUCACAGAAACUGAGCAAAGGUCAGUGAAGAAAAAUGCUCGGCGAGCUCUCGAUUUAUUAGAUGACCAAGUUUUCGGUUUAGCAGAGCAAGAAAGACAAAUCGAGAACAUUGUCUACGAUUUUCUUCAAUCAAAAGAUGGAAAAUGCUGCUUGCUCGAAGGAGAACGGAAUUGCGGCCGGGAAAGCACCGUUCGCAAGGUUAUGGAAAAAUAUAAGAAAGAACUACGAGUGAUUAAUGCUGGAUUUGUGGCUGCUGACCCGACUUAUCAACAGGAAUUGGCUAGAGAAGAGGACAGCGGCUACUCGAUAUUCUUGGUACGCGACGCUGACAAGCUGAUAACUCCUCAACAACAGAAGAUCCUUUACACGAUGGUCGAUAAAGCAACACACUUCUCUUGGCUAGUUUUCUUUUCGAUUUCGAGACACGACUUCGCACAAAAUCUCCAGAAACAGGCGACUUCUCGCAUUCCGAAAGUUCAAGUAUCAUUCGAUACGACUCAUAAUUAUGAUGAAUACUGUUCCGCAAUGGCACAACUUUUGAUUCCUAAAGGCUCAAAAUGUGAUGAUGAUAAAUGCUACAAAAAAUUCAUCACCAGCCUAAACUUCGAAAAAUGGUUGAGACCAGUGUUUCAGACAAGUCGCUUUGUAGUUUUGAAACAGAUUGCUGCUCAAAUUCUAAUGCUCUUUGGAUACUACUGCGAAGAGUGGGAGAGUAGCGGAAUCAAUAAAACGAUCAGCGCGAUUGUCGCAAGAUCGCUUCCUUCAUAUAACGAGAAAGUCAUAAUUCUGAAAGAUCAAACUCGCCGAUCCCAAUGUGUUUUCCUGUGUGUAUGGAAACUUCUUCAGAACAAGGAAUCAGAUGGGCCGUUGUCUGUUCCAAAAACUUCGUAUCGGAAUGUGUUUCUCGAGUUCAAAAAGCUUGUCAACAGUUACUACCCUCCACUGAACGUCAGCAGUGAUAUUUUUGUGUUCCGUGAAUUGGAUCAUCUCGUGAAGAUGGGAGUUUUGAAAGCAGACGAGAGCACGAAUGUGACGAACACUUCCUUCAGGAAAGUCUGGACUCAAAUCAAUGACACCGUCGUGAAGGAUACGAUUCCGCAACUUCAACUCCCAAUACAGAUUUCCGAUUUCUUUGAAUCUAUUUCGAAAUAA